AUGGUCCAAAGCGACAUGUCCAAAUCGCCUCCCACUCCAGCGGCGGCGGCGCAGGAGCUGCAGAUGGAGCUGCUGGACAACCCCCCACCCGCCGCAACAGCAGCGCAGUGUUACGGAAAAGGCGCUAGAAGAAAAAACCGAUUUAAAGGAUCAGAUGGGAGUACGUCUUCUGACACUACCUCUAAUAGUUUUGUACGUCAGGGUUCGGCGGACUCCUACACUAGCCGUCCAUCUGAUUCAGAUGUAUCUCUGGAGGAAGACAGGGAGGCAGUGCGGAGAGAGGCAGAGCGGCAGGCCCAGGCACAGCUGGAAAAAGCAAAGACAAAACCUGUUGCAUUUGCAGUCCGGACUAAUGUCGGCUAUAGUGCAGGACAUGAUGAUGACGUCCCAGUUCCAGGCAUGGCCAUUUCAUUUGAAGCAAAAGAUUUUCUUCAUGUUAAAGAAAAGUUUAACAAUGACUGGUGGAUAGGACGGUUGGUAAAAGAAGGCUGUGAAAUAGGAUUCAUACCAAGUCCAGUCAAAUUAGAAAACAUGAGGAUACAGCAUGAACAAAGGGCAAAACAAGGAAAAUUCUACUCCAGUAAAUCAGGAGGAAAUUCAUCAUCCAGUUUGGGUGACAUAGUCCCUAGUUCCAGAAAAUCAACGCCUCCAUCAUCUGCUAUAGACAUAGAUGCCACUGGCUUAGAUGCAGAAGAAAAUGAUAUUCCAGCAAACCAUCGCUCCCCCAAACCCAGUGCAAACAGUGUAACAUCACCCCACUCCAAAGAGAAAAGAAUGCCCUUCUUUAAGAAGACAGAGCACAUCCCUCCCUAUGAUGUAGUGCCUUCUAUGCGACCAGUAGUUUUAGUGGGGCCUUCCUUGAAGGGAUAUGAGGUGACAGAUAUGAUGCAAAAAGCAUUAUUUGAUUUUUUAAAACACAGAUUUGAAGGGCGUAUAUCAAUCACACGGGUCACAGCAGACAUCUCGCUUGCCAAACGCUCCGUAUUAAAUAAUCCUAGUAAGCAUGCGAUAAUAGAACGGUCCAACACAAGAUCAAGCUUAGCUGAAGUUCAGAGUGAAAUUGAACGGAUAUUUGAAUUAGCAAGGACAUUGCAGCUGGUAGUACUUGAUGCCGAUACCAUUAAUCAUCCAGCUCAACUAAGUAAAACCUCUCUGGCUCCCAUUAUAGUAUAUGUAAAGAUUUCUUCUCCCAAGGUUUUACAGAGGCUAAUAAAAUCUCGAGGGAAAUCUCAGGCUAAACACCUUAAUGUUCAAAUGGUGGCAGCUGAUAAACUGGCUCAAUGUCCUCCAGAAAUGUUUGAUGUAAUUCUGGAUGAGAACCAGCUUGAAGAUGCCUGUGAGCACCUGGCUGACUAUCUGGAAGCCUAUUGGAAGGCCACCCAUCCUCCUUGCAGCAAUCCUCCCAACCAGCUCCUCACUCGCACACUUGCUACAGCCACUCUUCCUAUCAGCCCAGGUCCAAACAUAAAUUUACAGGGCUCUCAAGGAGAUCAGAGGAAUGACCAUUCAGCCCCAGAACGAACUGGCUCACAAGUUGAAGAGGAAGCACGGAUUGAACCCACGAAGAAAUUUCCACAUCGUUCAUCUUCCUCAGCACAACACCAUAACCAUCGCAGUGGUGUUAGCCGAGGCCUGUCUAGGCAAGAAACGUUUGACUCAGAAACCCAAGACAGCAGAGAUUCAGCUUACAUAGAACCAAAGGAAGAGUAUUCACAUGAGCAUGGUGACCACAAUGAUUCUCACAGGGAUCACAGUCAUAGAGACGAGUCACAUGGGAGCAGUGAUCACAGACAUAGGGAAUCAAGGCAUCGCUCAAAGGAAAGGGACCGAGAGCAGGACCACAAUGAAUGCAACAAACAACGCAGUCGUCAUAAAUCAAGGGACCAAUAUUGUGACAAGGAUGGGGAAGUGAUAUCUAGAAAACGCAAUGACACAGGAGACUGGAACAGGGAUGUAUACAUCCGCUAG